UAAGAUCAUCAUCGGCGGCGGCGGCGGCGGCGGCAACCAGCACUUGAAGCUCUUCUUCUACGGUCAGUCAUCUGAAAGACUCUUUCUUUAUUUCUUUCUCCAAUGGAGACGGCAAUAGUUGGUUUUGAAAACCCUUCGAACGACGUCGCCUGGGAGAAAAGUUGCAGCUACAAACUAGUGCCCUGGAUUAGUUGGGAAGAAUGGAACUCAGUCAGAGAAUCCCUCUUCUCCUCUUCUCAUCCCUCUAUUAUAUUCGCUCUCCAAAGAAUAUCAGUAUGGCGGAGCAGGGGAUGUCUUCCUGUUGUCAUCGAAGUCACUGCUUCUAUUAUUGAGAUUCAGCAAAAAGACCCUUUUUUCAGAUCUGACUUGGGUGAUCAAAGUGUGGUGGAUUCAGAUGACAUUCUGGCUAUGCUUUACUGUAUGGCAAUUUUGAGGCUUGUCAAUGGUGUUGUAGAGAAGACACGCAUUAGGUCACAGUUUUCAAUUGCUCAGGCAGCUGGUGAAAUUGGUCUUCCUCGUACCUUAAUUGACAUUCGUCACGAGGGCUCUCACCGUGAUCUUCCUUCAUUGAAUCGGCUUCGACCUGCCUCAGUUGAGGCUCUUGACUGGUUGAUAUCUUAUUAUUGGGAACCUCAAAGGAGUGCAAUUCCACUUCAAAGCAAUGGGAAAGAGCUAAUAAAAGAAAUCAAAUCUACAUUUAUGGAAUUGGAUCUUUGUCUGAAUAGCACCACCAAGAAAAUCAAGGGCAAUUGUUCCAAGAAGCAUACGAAGAAGAAGGUUAUGAAGAAGCUUGUUUUGUUGAAUGAAAUGUGCUCUUCAGAAGUAAUAUCUGUCUUAUUAAAGAUUUUUCCAAGAGGACCAAACCAGAAUGAUGAGUCAAACUGUGUGUUUGAUCGUUGGACGCUUAUGCUAUCAAAGUUAUCAAAGAAAGAACCACAAUUGCUCUUGAGACUUCUCAAUGCAGUUCUGGAGAUGAUCAAAACUCAACAGGAUCAAUCAUCUGAACAUCUACCUAGUCUAUUCGAGUGGCUUGUCGGGAUUCUCAAAGGACUAAAGCCGUCUCUCAAAAAAGACACAAAUGUUCCUUCAACGAACCUGCAUGAUGCAACCUUGAUACAACUUCUUCGAAAAUGCCUUCUUUUAUCCUCCACAAAAACCUGUCUGAGGGAUUCCUCUAUAGUUCUUGCGAAAAUGGUUCGAGGUCACAGCUCCUUGGUGAAGAGUCUGAAUAAACUCUUCUCAUUAGGAAAUUCACUUCACGGUACAGAUGAAGAACAAGAACGCCCCUUCAAUCUGGAACAGGAAGAAGCUUCCAUUCAGCAGGCAGAUGAGAAGCUAGACUCCCUCAAACGACAUUUCAUAAAGAGUGGAAAGUUCGCAAAGACAGUUGCCAUUUCGAGUAAAAAGAAAUGGGUGGUGAAUAAUUCGUGGAAUUCGUGUCCAAUUGGCUUGUUGCCUGAUGAGAUAGGCUCCUCCGGUCAUCUUCCUGAUCUGGAAUGGGUCAAUAGUGAAGUAUCAGAUCCAAAGGAUUCGGAAAAAAGUGAAGAAGUGGAGCAAAUGACAUUAUUACCCCCGACUAGUACUAAGAGAUCUCCAGACCGGGACUCGGACCAUUUCAACUGCCCCGAUGCCAAGAAGAUGAGGAUGAUCGAAUCACCAACCCAUGUGCAUCAUGACUAUAAAAUUGGACGGAUGGUAAUUGAUGGUGUUUGGGAAGGAGUUGGUGACCAAGAUUUGCACACCAUUGUGUCAGAUGUUGGAAUUUUUGUUUGACGAUUUUUAAUAGCUUGGAGAAAACUACUUUAUAAUUAUUUAUAUUUCAAAGUUUAUUCAUCUUAUAACUAUAGUAGAAGUUGAAUUGUUGUAAGAAUAUUUAGUUGGAUUUUCAAAUUCAUUUGAUUAGUACAA